ACUUCGCAUCGUGGCGUGAAUAGGAUCCAAAGAGCAAGUUAAAUGCUGGUUGGGACGACUUCCAAAUUCGGGGAUGCCAUAACAUGAUGGAUUUUUUUCCAGUGGACACAAUAUAUGCCUAGGUAAACAUACUCAAUUGUGACGCGAGCAUGCAUCACAUAACGUCAGGUCCCAAUCAAAUCCCCAGCAGCCAUUUCAGCUCUCCAUUCAUCCAACAAACAAAAGGCUAAGCGCUUGAAGUAAAAUACCUAGUGUUCAUGCUUAGUGCAUAGGAAAUAAUUGGCUAUGCUUCAGUACAACUGUUGAAUAGGGUAAACCAAACACCCUUCUCAUUGGCUGCAGGCCUAAUUCUUCUCCUCUCUCCUAUUUAGUUACUUGCUGAUAGGAGUACAGAGUUACAUUGGACACCCUUGCAGGAGGUGAUGCUGGAACUGUGUAAAUUUGAUCAAAUAUACUUGAAUGGAUUUAUCUCAUCAACUUUACUGAAUCAUGAAGGACCCACAUAUUGGAACAAAAAUCCUAGGUGGUAAAAAAUUGAGUGGUACGUCGGGAGAGAAUGCGGUGGUAGAGCCUCUCAAGAAGAAACUUGAUGUACCGGAGUGGUUUCACGGGUUAAUCGCAAGAAACGUUGCAGAAGAUCUUCUUUUAAAGAAUCCGUAUGCACAAACUGGCUUGUUCCUUGUUCGGCAGAGCUGUAAUAGAGGAGGUAAAUUUGUAAUUUCUGUCUGUGCUGGCAGUCAUGUCAAUCAUUAUUUGAUUGACACAUUGGAGUCCAUGUUCUACGUGCGGCGUGACAGCAGACAAGAUCAGGGUAGAGAUAUCCAGGCAAGAGACUUGUGGGGUCUGAUAGAGUGCUAUAAACACACAGCAUUGGAUGCAACAGGUCUUGAACUAAAGGAACCAUUGAACAGAACAACACCAGUCAAAGUUUCAGCCCCUCUUACAGCAAUCACAAAUUCAGCAUGUAAUCACAACUAUAUCCCACUGUACGCUGAUGAAAGAGACUUUAUAUCACUGCAACCAUUUACGUCGGACGACUUUCAAAUGUUACCGUUCCAAAAGGGAGAAAUAUUAACUGUAUUACAGAAAGAUAGCAAACAGUGGUGGUUUGCUCACGACUGUCAGGGCCGAUUAGGGUACAUCCCUUCGGCAAAUGUGUGUAGUCUCAAGGAAUUUAACAGCGGUGAAAAUGGUUUCUGCAAUCCUGUCUGCCUUGAAAAUGAAUUAGACACUUUUGGACCGAAAAGUGAAAAUACUGGGAAAACAUUUGUACGCGAAGUUGACUGUAAUGCAAAUUGCGAAAACGACAGACAUAACUCUGAUUUGUUUCCUGUUGAAAGUAUCAUUGGUGAUACCUUAGAAAGUUUUUCUACUCAUGUUCCACUUGACUGUAUCUCACGAUAUUUCCGCAGUAAAGAACAUGCCAAGCUCACUGAAAUGCAGCGAAUGCUAGAUCUGAAAUUGGGUCGAAUUCUACCUCCAAAGCGACGCCACUGUUCUGAGCCUUGCUCUAGUAAUAUUCCCGAUUGCCGUCGGGAUCUUAAACCAAAUAGUUGUAAAAAAGAAUGUAGGAAGGUGAAGCCGAAAGCCCUUCCACCAACACCACCUGAAAUAAGACGGGACUUAAAACCAAUGUGGCCGACGGCUUCAAAAUCGCAAAAACAUCUUUACAUGCGGAGACACAAUUCGCUGCUUAUCAAAGGGGUAAAAACGGAUGUACACCACUUGGAAUCUCUGGCAGAACUAGAGCCAAUAUCAGCACCAAAUAGUCCACUUGGAGACUGCGGAAUGGAGUCGAGUAGCUAUUUAAAACUUUCAGAAAGUGCAACGGGCGUGAGUUUUCACGGCAACCCGUUUUGCGCGACGAACCCAACAGCGCUUUGUUCGUGACAUAACUACGUUAAGAAUAUCUUUGUGCUAGACUAUUUGACCAGUAAUCAGCGACACAGUAGUGUAUUCAUCUGAAAUUUUCCCACCUGUUUUGUUUGAAUGAAAUCUAAAUAAACUGUUGUUCGAUUGUAUAAACAUAAAUUUUAGAUCAUCAUUUUGAUGAUGUUUAUUAAAUUAAAUUGGAGCAUUUGAUUAAAUAUGGCCAAUAAUUUGCAUGAGAAUGAGUCAUAGCAACGUGUAAUUUAGGGCCUUACAUAAUUUUUCAUAAAUUCAUUAAUAUAAUAAUAAUACUGUUGUUGAUCAUGUGUAUAAUUUACAGAGGGUUUGUGCAAUUGUUAUGUCUCAAUCUUUCAAGUCGUUUUAAAUUGUUUUCAUUGUAACGAUAGUCUGAAUUUAACCAGUACUCCACAUGUAUGAAAGAGACAUCAGAAAACAUUAUAUAGAAAGUGUUAGUGUUUCAGAAUAUUCAAUGAGCUAUUGCAAUUAAUUUGUAACCUAACAUACAAUUCUUUAAAUGUUAUAAAAUGUGUAUUAGAUUUGAAAUUCACUAGAGGUGCUAUACUGCCCUCAACUAUAUGGAGUAGACAUCAUAAUAUUGAUACCAUAUAUUAUUAUUUUAUUAAUUUUUAUCAAUUUAUUUUAUUAAAAUCUAUUACUGGCAACCACGUGCUUUGUAGACGAACACCCUUUUGGUGAUACAAAAUGUUUUGUAUCAAUGAGCUAUUGCAAUUAAUUUGUAACCUAACAUACAAUUCUUGAAAUGUUAUAAAAUGUGUAUUAGAUUUGGAAUUCACUAGAGGUGCUCUACUGCCCUCAACUGUAUGGAGUAGACAUCAUAGAAUUAAUACCAUAUAUUAUUAUUUUAUUAAUUUUUAUCAAUUUAUUUUAUUAAAAUCUAUUACUGGCAACCACAUGCUUUGUAGAACACCCUUUUGGUGAUACAAAAUGUUUUGUCUUUACAUAAUGUUUAUCACUAUUAUUAUGGUUGUUAUUAAUAUUAUUAUACAUAUCUGUUGUAGGGUUUUUUUAAUAGUUUAAAAAGCCUGAUGAAUUUUAUUUAUUAAUGUAUGAAAAUUUACUUUAUGUAAUUUUUUAAAAGUGUUCAACUAAUGAAAACAUUACAUUUUUCUUUCAGUUGGUAUCUCACUGUGAAAUUGAAUCGUGAAAUAACUGUUGAAAUAUGUUUUAAAUUCUCUAAUAGUCAAUCACAAAUUGAAAUAAACCAUAAAAAAAUACUGAGUUUCUACAAGAUUACAUAUAUCUAAGGAAUGGUAAACACUUUAAAAAAAAAAGAUAUUUUUUAAAUGUGGGGAUAGGAUUAUUACCUGUCUAGUGAAGGUUAAUUGAAGAUAUGAAAAGGCAUUUUUGAAGAUUAUGUAGAUGUAUGAACAAAGUAAAUUUUCUAUCUUAUUAAUUGUAUACUGUACAUAUAUAUUUACAAGCACUGUGCAGUAUACUAGUCUAUAGGUAAUGUUGAACAUGAAGCAAACUGUUAUAUUUUAUAUAGAAUCAAUAAAACUAUGCGCAACAUUCUCAAAGUUA